CCCUACAGCAUGAAAAUCUGCCUCAUAUUGUUGUGUGCGCUCAGCUCUGCUGCAGGAGAGAGUUUGGAAGCAGGAGGGAUCUGCUGGCUGCAGCAGGGACGAGAGGCAAAGUGUACCAUGAUCCUCCAGACCGGCGUCACCUGGGAGGAGUGUUGUGCCAACGGCAGCACGGACAUGGCGUGGUCCAACUCCUCGCACCCGGACAACAAAAUCAGCCUUCUCAGGAUCCUGGGCCUUGUGACCUGCCACCCUUGCAAAGAGUCCUGUGAAGGAGUGGACUGUGGAGCUGGGAAAGUCUGCAAAAUGAAAUACGGGCGCCCUCACUGCGCAUGCGCCCCUGAUUGCUCCAACCUGCCCAGGAAACUGCAGGUGUGCGGCUCGGAUGGGUUCACCUACCGUGACGAGUGUGAUCUUCAGACAGCCAAGUGCAGGGGGCAUCCUGACCUGGAAGUGAUGUACCAGGGCCGAUGCAAAAAAUCUUGUUCCAGCGUCGUGUGCCCUGGAACUCACACCUGCGUGGUGGAUCAGACAGGAAGCGCCCACUGCGUGAUGUGCAGAGCCGUCCCCUGCCCUGACCCCACCAGCCUGGACCGCGCCAUCUGCGGCAACAACAACGUCACGUACCCCUCUACGUGCCACCUACGGCGGGCAACCUGCUUCCUCGGGCGAUCCAUCGGGGUCAGGCACUACGGGAGCUGUGCAGCCCUGAAUAAGUACCCCUUGGACACAGAUGAUGAAGAAGAGAACUACAUAUAAUCCUGCUUUCCGUUCCAUUCAGUUCCAACCAUGCAGGGGCAUUAUCUGUAAUAUUGUACAGACUGCAUAUACCUGAUAUUUAUUGACCAAAAGAAAAUCCUUAUUUAUAUAAAUAGAUAUAGAGGUUUCCUGAUGUAACCUAGAUAUUUUUAUCCUGAUCACUCA